AACUUGUUUCAAUAUUAUUAAAUAAGAAAUCUCAAAUAUUAAUAUACGAAAAGGAGAGAAAAUAAAAUAGUAUUGGCAUAUUCUGGGAAACCUUCAAUUUCUUUUUGUGUGUUAAGAAUAGAUAGAUGAGAGUGAUGAUUUGGAGAAAGAGAGAUGGAACCACCAGCUGCUCGUGUAACGCCGUCGAUUAAGGCCGACUGUAGUCACAGCGUCAACAUCAUCUGCGAGGAAACAGUACUGCACUCCCUUGUCAGCCACCUCUCGGCCGCUUUACGCCGGGAAGGCAUAUCUGUGUUUGUGGAUGCGUGCGGAUUGCAGGAAACCAAGUUCUUCUCCAUUAAACAGAAUCAGCCGUUGACAGAUGGGGCUAGGGUUUUGGUGGUGGUUAUUUCCGACGAGGUGGAGUUCUACGAUCCUUGGUUUCCUAAGUUCUUAAAGGUUAUCCAGGGUUGGCAAAACAACGGCCACGUGGUGGUUCCAGUCUUCUACGGCGUCGAUUCGUUGACCCGAGUUUACGGGUGGGCCAAUAGUUGGCUGGAGGCCGAAAAAUUAACCAGCCACCAAUCAAAGAUCUUAAGCAAUAAUGUACUCACGGACUCCGAACUAGUGGAAGAGAUCGUCAGAGAUGUUUAUGGGAAGCUUUAUCCUGCAGAACGAGUUGGAAUUUACGCGAGGCUACUAGAGAUAGAAAAGUUGCUUUACAAGCAACAUAGGGACAUCCGAAGCAUAGGAAUUUGGGGUAUGCCUGGCAUAGGCAAGACGACGCUUGCUAAAGCAGUCUUUAAUCACAUGUCCACUGAUUAUGAUGCUUCUUGCUUCAUCGAGAACUUUGAUGAAGCUUUUCAUAAGGAGGGACUCCACCGUUUGCUCAAAGAAAGAAUUGGUAAAAUUCUAAAGGAUGAGUUUGACAUAGAAAGUUCGUAUAUUAUGAGACCGACCCUCCAUAGGGACAAAUUAUACGAUAAAAGGAUUCUUGUUGUUUUAGAUGAUGUGCGCGAUUCCCUUGCUGCAGAGUCCUUCCUUAAAAGGCUUGAUUGGUUUGGUUCCGGAAGCCUUAUAAUCAUAACCUCCGUUGAUAAACAAGUGUUUGCCUUUUGUCAGAUCAAUCAAAUAUACACGGUUCAAGGUUUAAAUGUGCACGAGGCUCUGCAGCUUUUCUCCCAAAGCGUAUUUGGAAUAAACGAGCCAGAGCAGAAUGACAGGAAACUGUCAAUGAAGGUGAUUGACUAUGUUAAUGGAAACCCGUUAGCUCUCAGCAUUUACGGCCGAGAGCUAAUGGGGAAGAAGUCAGAAAUGGAGACUGCAUUCUUCGAGCUCAAGCAUUGUCCUCCCUUAAAGAUUCAGGAUGUGCUAAAAAACGCUUAUAGUGCACUUAGCGACAAUGAGAAGAACAUUGUUUUGGACAUUGCUUUUUUCUUCAAGGGAGAAACUGUCAAUUAUGUGAUGCAGCUGCUUGAGGAAUCUCAUUACUUUCCACGUCUUGCAAUAGAUGUUCUUGUGGACAAGUGUGUGUUAACUAUCUCAGAAAACACAGUGCAAAUGAAUAAUUUGAUCCAAGACACCUGCCAAGAAAUCUUCAAUGGAGAAAUUGAGACCUGCACCAGAAUGUGGGAACCUUCCAGAAUCAGAUAUCUGCUAGAAUAUGAUGAACUUGAAGGAAGUGGAGAAACCAAAGCAAUGCCUAAAUCUGGUCUGGUCGCUGAACACAUCGAAAGCAUAUUCCUGGACACUUCAAACGUGAAAUUUGAUGUCAAACACGAUGCAUUCAAGAAUAUGUUUAAUCUCAAAUUCCUAAAGAUAUACAAUUCAUGCUCUAAAUAUAUUUCUGGACUCAAUUUUCCAAAGGGCCUCGAUUCUCUGCCUUAUGAGCUAAGGCUCCUCCACUGGGAGAACUACCCUUUGCAAUCCUUGCCUCAAGAUUUUGACUUUGGACACCUUGUUAAGCUCAGUAUGCCUUACAGCCAGCUUCAUAAACUCGGGACAAGAGUCAAGGACCUUGUGAUGUUAAAGAGGCUCAUUCUUUCUCAUUCUUUACAGCUAGUUGAAUGUGACAUACUAAUAUAUGCUCAAAAUAUCGAGCUAAUUGAUCUUCAAGGCUGUACAGGAUUGCAAAGAUUUCCAGACACGAGUCAAUUACAGAAUCUCCGGGUAGUAAAUCUCUCAGGUUGCACAGAGAUCAAAUGUUUCUCAGGGGUUCCACCAAAUAUUGAGGAAUUACAUCUCCAAGGAACUCGUAUAAGGGAAAUACCAAUAUUCAAUGCGACCCAUCCCCCCAAGGUUAAGCUGGACCGGAAAAAGCUUUGGAAUCUUCUAGAAAACUUCUCGGAUGUUGAGCAUAUCGAUUUGGAGUGUGUAACAAAUCUAGCUACAGUUACCUCAAAUAAUCAUGUUAUGGGCAAGCUUGUCUGCUUGAAUAUGAAAUAUUGUUCCAAUUUGCGAGGCCUUCCUGACAUGGUCAGUUUAGAAUCUCUCAAAGUUCUUUAUCUGUCGGGCUGUUCAGAGCUUGAGAAAAUUAUGGGUUUCCCGAGAAACUUGAAAAAACUAUAUGUUGGUGGAACCGCCAUACGAGAAUUGCCACAGCUUCCCAACAGUCUAGAAUUCCUGAAUGCUCAUGGUUGUAAGCAUCUGAAGUCAAUUAAUUUGGAUUUUGAGCAGCUUCCUAGGCACUUCAUCUUCAGUAAUUGUUAUAGAUUUUCUUCACAAGUGAUCGCUGAGUUCGUAGAGAAAGGUCUUGUAGCAAGUUUAGCAAGAGCAAAACAAGAGGAACUCAUCAAAGCACCUGAAGUCAUCAUCUGUAUUCCUAUGGACACACGGCAGAGAUCCUCCUUUCGCUUGCAAGCAGGUCGAAAUGCAAUGACAGACUUAGUUCCGUGGAUGCAAAAACCUAUCUCAGGCUUUUCUAUGUCAGUUGUAGUAUCAUUUCAAGAUGAUUACCACAAUGAUGUAGGUCUUCGCAUUAGGUGUGUAGGUACAUGGAAGACCUGGAACAACCAGCCUGAUAGAAUAGUUGAGAGAUUUUUUCAAUGUUGGGCUCCUACCGAAGCUCCAAAAGUUGUAGCGGAUCACAUUUUUGUCUUGUAUGAUACCAAAAUGCAUCCUAGUGAUAGUGAAGAAAACCACAUCAGUAUGUGGGCUCAUGAAGUCAAAUUUGAAUUCCACACAGUGAGUGGGGAAAACAAUCCUCUAGGUGCUAGUUGCAAGGUGACUGAAUGUGGUGUCGAGGUAAUUACAGCUGCAACAGGUGAUACUAGUGUUAGUGGAAUUAUAAGAGAAAGUGAAACUAUAACUAUUAUCGAGAAGGAGGAUACUAUUAUUGAUGAGGAGGAUACUCCUCUUUUGUCCAGAAAGCCAGAGGAAACGAAUCGUUCUCGUUCAUCUAGCGAAUUACAGAAGCUUUCUAGUACGUCAAGUAAGGUAAGAUCUAAGGGAAAUGUGUUUUGGAAGUGGUUAGGUUGUUUUCCCCUGCAGCCAAAAAACUUGAGAUCUAGAAGUAGGCGCACAACAGCGUUAGAAGAAGCGUUAGAAGAAGCAUUAAAAGAAAGAGAAAAAUUAGAGGACACCAGAGAGUUACAAAUAGCAUUAAUAGAGUCAAAGAAGAUAAAAAAAAUAAAGCAAGCAGACGAAAGGGAUCAAAUAAAGCACGCAGACGAAAGGGAACAAAGAAAGCAUUCCAAAGAUCAUGAGGAAGAAGAAAUAGAGUCAAAUGAGAAAGAAGAAAGAAGGCAUUCCAAAGAUUAUGUGAUAGAAGAAUUAGUGUUAAAGGGGAAAGGUAAAAGAAAGCAACUGGAUGAUGAUAAAGCCGACGAAAAGGAACAAAUAAAGCAUUCCAAAGAUCAUGUGGAAGAAGAAGUGAAUCCUCCUCUUAGCAAAUGCAAGGAUUGCAAAUCUGCAAUUGAAGAUGGAAUAUCUAUCAAUGCCUACGGUUCUGUUUGGCAUCCUCAAUGUUUCUGUUGCCUUCGUUGUCGGGAGCCUAUUGCUAUGAACGAGAUUUCAGACUUAAGAGGAAUGUAUCACAAACCUUGCUACAAGGAGCUCCGUCAUCCGAAUUGCUAUGUCUGCGAAAAAAAGAUUCCUCGUACUGCGGAAGGUUUAAAGUACCAUGAGCAUCCGUUCUGGAUGGAAACAUACUGCCCUUCUCAUGAUGGUGAUGGAACUCCCAAAUGUUGUAGCUGUGAAAGAUUAGAGCAUUGCGGAACACAGUAUGUAAUGCUUGCAGAUUUUCGAUGGCUAUGUCGAGAAUGUAUGGACAGCGCGAUUAUGGAUUCUGAUGAAUGCCAACCUUUGCACUUUGAAAUCCGUGAAUUCUUUGAGGGCUUACACAUGAAGAUUGAGGAAGAAUUUCCUGUUUAUUUGGUGGAGAAAAAUGCUCUGAAUAAAGCUGAGAAGGAAGAGAAGAUUGACAAACAGGGGGAUCAGUGUCUGAUGGUAGUCAGAGGUAUUUGCCUAUCUGAAGAGCAGAUUGUCACAAGUGUCUCACAAGGAGUAAGGAGGAUGUUGAAUAAGCAGAUACUAGAUACGGUUACAGAGUCUCAAAGGGUUGUUCGCAAGUGCGAGGUCACUGCAAUUCUCAUCUUAUAUGGGCUUCCUAGGUUACUCACAGGAUAUAUCUUGGCCCAUGAGAUGAUGCAUGCUUAUCUUAGACUCAAUGGUUACAGGAAUCUUAACAUGGUUCUUGAAGAAGGAUUAUGCCAAGUGUUAGGCUACAUGUGGUUGGAGUGUCAGACAUACGUUUUUGAUACUGCCACAAUAGCUUCUUCUUCUUCUUCUUCCCGCACUCCUCUAUCUACAACCACAUCAAAGAAAGUUGACCCAUCUGAUUUUGAGAAGAGGCUGGUAAAUUUCUGCAAGCAUCAGAUAGAAACAGAUGAGUCACCAUUCUUCGGUGACGGGUUCAGGAAAGUUAACAAAAUGAUGGCCUCAAAUAAUCACAGCCUUAAGGAUACCCUGAAAGAGAUCAUCAGCAUUUCCAAGACUCCACAAUAUUCAAAGUUAUGAUAGCCAGCCAUAUGUUAUACCAGUAAUGCACGUUUUCAUUCUUUGGUGUGAACACAGUUUCUUCUUGCUCUAUUGCUCUUGUUCUCAUGUUUUAAGAGUUUCUCCUUCGUUUUGCAGCCAUAGAAACUUUAAACAAUCUUGCCUGUUGUACAAAUGUAUUUUUCGCUGGAAUGAAUUCUUGCUGUGAUAAAACUGAAGGAUUCCUUAGCUCUUGAUCCACUUCUAGCGUCGUAUCACAAAAGCACAUUAGGUAUUAUUGUUAUUUGAAUGUAUCAUUGUUGGAGGUAUAUAGAGUGGCUCAAGUCUCCCAAAUAUAACGAAGCUAAAAUGUUUG